GCUCUGCUGUCCCAGUGCGGGAUCGUGUUUUGUUUACUUUCCAGGCUCGCCAAUCCUCACCCACAUUCGACCUCCUACCGAAGAUCCUUCAAUCGCAAACCCUCAAACCGACCCGCGGGCAUAACAAUCUCGACUAUUUGCCUAUCGCUAAACACAUCAACCAUACUCGGUCCUGAAAGAACCACUGCAUUACCAAAUACAUCCACAUUCUGCGUGCAACCACAGCUUGGUCGGGCUGGCCGACUUUUGAAGGGCUUGACGACAGAUGCCUCGCGUUCACGCGGGCGCGUUGAUGGGGCUGGUCGACUCGGACGACGAGGGCGACGUAUUAGGGGCAGGCGCGGCACAGAGACGAGGCGGCGCAUCGUCAGGCAUGGCGCCGGCGAAGAGGGGCCGCCCUGCGGGAACUGGUCGCGGCGGCAAAACUGUUGGCGCUGCACCACGGUCAGCAAGUGUCGCAACAGGAGGUGCGCGCAAGCCACUUCACGACAAACCACACAAUGCGACUGCGCUCGAAGAUGGCGCGCGUGGGAAGAAACGUGCUGCCACCGCCGAACUCGACCACAAGGCGAAAGUCGCCAAAGGACGAACGACCCGCCCGACGAAGACCCAGAAGCUGGCACAAAACGUCGCCCAUGACGACGACGAGGAAGGCGAUUAUGGGGAUGAGGAAGCGCAGGAAGAGUAUGAAGAGGUUCAGGCCAGGCCGGCCGCUCCUCGAGCGCGAAAAGGUCGCCCGCCAGCUCGAGCAAGAGCUGCGACGCCCCCUGCCGAUGACGAGAUCCCGGAGAACCAAUAUUCGCCUGCAGAUAUAGAGGAAGAGGAGGAGAAAUUCGACCACAUGGAAUACUCGAUUGAAGAUGUGGAGGAGGAAGAGGAGGUCGUCCAACCAGACCCGAUUCCUCGCGUGCGAGCCGCUUCAGUCCAGCGUACAAAGCCCAGAGUACCAUCCAGCGCCACCAAAAGGUCAACACCGGGCCCGGAGUCACGGACUGCAGGCAAUGACCCAAUUAUGCGUCGGCGGCUGGGAGACCUGACCCUCAAAUACGAGGCGUUGGAAGCGAAAUACAUGACACUGCGUGAACUCGGCAUCAAGGAAGCGGAGCGCAAUUACGACCUGCUUAAGAAGCAAAGCGAGGAGAGGGCGAAAAGCGCGAACGAGCUGAUCGCUACGCUCAAAGCACAACUUGCGGCAAAAGCAGAAGUAGUGAAGGAGUCGCAGGUUUUGAGGCAGCAGCUCGACGAACGUGCUGGUGUCGUAGAACGUCUGCAGGCUGAAGUCGAUAGCCUGCAAGGCUCCCUCGCAGACUCGAGAAAGGAAGCAAAAACGUUGACUACCAAGUUGUCGGCGGCGCGAGUAGCGGAUACCGCUGCAGUCAAGAUUCCUGGCAGCGCCAUGAAGGGCAGCACUGCUGACAAGCGCGUCAUUGCGAACGCGGAAGCCAUGGUGCAAGCUGCGCAGAUGAAAGAGGAUCUGUACGGCGAUUUGACCGGCUUGAUCAUUCGCGGGGUCAAGCGUGAGGAAGAUGAGGAUGUCUACGACUGUAUCCAGACUGGCAGGAACGGGACCUUGCAUUUCAAGCUUGCGACAGGAGUCGACGGGGCUAACGAUAACUACGACGAAACACAAUUUGUGUAUAUGCCACAGCUGGACGACGAUCGCGACCAGGACCUCAAGGAACUGCUGCCGGAUUACUUGAGCGAGGAUAUCACAUUUCCACGACCACAAGCAGCAAGAUUUUACUCGCGUGUUAUGAAGGCUCUGACCGAGCGACUUGACUGAUCUGGCCGCCAGGGUUUUAAUGUUUUGCAGGCGUUAGGUUGGGACAAGAUAUACCCUUUGCUUGUAUGGAUCCGUCACUUGCAAGAAAAAUACUAGUGUUUCUCAAUGCAAAGCUUUGGUCAACACGACACCGAGCAUGUUGCCAACAUGAUACUGGUCCGUAGACCGGUUGAUUUUCUAGGG